UUAUUAAAUUGGGAGGUGAUUAUCCAAACCAAAAUAUAUGCAAUAUUUAGUUCAAAAAUUUAGUUAAUGUGCUAAGGAAAGAAGACAAGCAAGAAUGAAAAUUUUACUGGUAUUACUUUUGUUUACCUGCAACCUAAUUGACAUAUCUGGCCAGCGAUGUUCCAGACCAGAAGUGGUGAGACGCCGUGCAACCAUUUACAAGGCACCUAUGGUAAAAGUAGAAGUUUUAAGAUGUCUCUUUAAUGAUACCAAAAAGGCUUAUUCCGAUAUUACUACCAAUUGUUUGACUGCACGAAAAAAGGGAAUUUUUAAGGAUAAGUACGAUGAUGUAUUUAAUCUUAAAAGUCCCAAAACGCCCAUUGUGUUGGAAAGUUAUGUAACUGACGCAGACCCGUUACAAAAUAAAUUAAUUUUAAGAUCCAAGACAAUAUGUAACUACAACAGAGGGUUUUGUUUUGAUCCGAAGGAAAGUCCAACGUAUGCAGCUGUAUGGAAUGUGGUACCACCAAUCAAAGAAAAAUGUCCUGCAAAAUUAGAACCAGUAAUAUCUGCUGCAGUGGAUAUUUGGAAAUUUGUUCCAGAAAAACUACAGUACUUGUUUUAUUACUCUCCAAAGUUAGACGAGGCAUUUUCUCUCAGACUUACUACUACCUCGAAAUGUAAUAACAAACCUAUUUGGUUCACAGAAGAAGUGCGAUAUAUAGUCCAGGUAGAAAAUAUUAAUAUAAAUCCUGCAAUGCGAGACAUUCUGUCUAAAAUGACUUUACCAUCAAAGAGUGUGGUCAGCGAAAAAAUUUUAAAAGAUUGUGAUUUAAAGUCUCUUACUUUAGAUUUUGAUGCUCAAUUUCUGUCAAAUUAUUUUGCUGACUCUGAGAAUGUAAAGACAGUUUUUAGCGUAUAUCGGAAUUAUAUAAAUAAGAAUAAACUGGCUAUAGAUGAUGUGAAAAUAAAAGUGUUAAACAAUGAUGCUUAUUUAAAGAGACAGGCAUCAGUGUUUGGAGCAGAAUUUAGAAAGAACAAUGUUACGAUAAAUUCUUUGAUAGCAAAUGUUGAAACUUUAAAAAACUCAAACAAAAAUUUUGAAAAACUAUCGCAGAGGAUCAACUCUGAAAUGAUUUUUGUCAAAGUUGGAGGUGUGGAGAAAAAUUUUAAAGACUUAGAAAACACAAUCAAAUCGAUCGAGAAUAACGUUGAUAAACUUAAUAAAAUCUCUUUUUAUUCAAGAAAUGAUGUAGACCAGAAAUUUCUUAAUUUUUAUAAAAACGUUUCAAGCAAUAUUAAAACUCAAGUUAUUAAUGUAGGUACUGCAAACGUGGCUCUAGAGAAAAGUAUUUUGAAUAAGCUAAAACCGGUUAUCGAAUCUGCUAAGAAAAACUAUGAUACUUAUGCAAAUAAAGUGGAAGCACAGUUUAACAAAUUUAAAAAUGAAUUUGAUGCAAAUAACAUUGCAUAUGAUACGAGAAUUAAAAAAAGCAUGUUAGAAUCCAGCGCCGCUUGCCUCUUAAACAUUAGUAUCGUUGAUACGAAGGUUAAAAAAAUUGAAAAUGAUUUACAAAGCUACAAAAGUAGUAGCCAUAUUAAACAUGAAAAUCUCUAUAAUGCUUUAAAUAAAUUAAGACAGGAUUUGAAAACAGAGAUCAAUAAAGCAGAACAUAUUAGCAACAUAACUUUUAACCCUCUUAUAAAUGAUUUAAAAAGUAAAACUGAAGCUUGUUUUACAAACAUUAAUACCUUAAAAUCAAGCUCUACAGCUUUAUUGGGAAGCCUACAAAGAGAAAUCAAAUCAAAUUUAUUAUUACGUGAUGAUCAUAUUAAAGCGUCUGGAAAAGACCACGAUAAUUUCAAUAAAAGGUUAGGAUCGCUUGAAGAAAAUAUCAAACAGCUACAAGAAAAUCACAAUGUACGUAAAAAUAUCCAUGAUAAAUUUUUUAUUUCUACCAAUAACACUUUUAAAGAACUUACUCUAAAACUCACAAAUGUCAGUAAAAUCAUUAAAGAUUCGCAACUGCAGAGUGACGCCAACAUUUUCAAAAGACUUGAUGGCUUAUUUGUACCUGUAAAUUCAAAGAUCAAGACUUGUUUGGAUGAAAUACAAACUGUGAAGAAAAACGGAGAGAAUUCUUACAACGAUUUAAAAAAGACAAUAAACCAAGAAUUGGAAAAAAAUUCUGUGGUACAUAAAGCGGAUAUUAAGGAUCUCGAUACAAAGUUGAAACAAUACAAAAACAACAGUGAUAAUAGUAACAAACGUGUGAAGGAUGAUAUUAAUAAUCUCGAAAAAACACUUAAGUCUAUGGACAAAUCGCUAGAUAACCGUCUGUUAUCUUUAGAAACUGAAAUUUCUGUCAAAAUUAAUCCUGACCUGAAAUUGGCUGUAAACAAAAUUGAUAACUGCCAAAAUGAUGUAGACGAAUUUAAACAAGAUUAUUCCAAACUAUUGGAUGAUGUCAAGAAAACAACACUUAAAAAUAUAACCAUUACAUCUGAAAGGCUAGAAAAAAAUAUGAAAUCUUUCGAAAACUCUUGGGUAAAUCAACUAAAGAUUUCUGAAAAUAAAAUGAAGGAUAUUCAAACGAAUUUGGGGCUCUUUAAUACAGUUUUUGAAAAAGCAACUCAUACUAAUAGUGAAGAAAUAGUAAAAUUAAAAAAUAAUUUAAUCAGUGUUGAUAACAUGUGGCAAGAUUUUUCACAAAAUUUUAAAAAGAAUGUUUUGAACGUCACAAAUAAAACAGUUGAAAAACUGUAUGCAAAGAACGCUGAAUGUGAAAAAGAUAUCAACGAUGCUGUCCAAUCUUUAGGUCAUUUAAAAAAGACAGUUGAUGAGUAUUUGCGAGAACACAAACUUUUAGAACACAACAUAUUAAGAAUAAAUACAACACUUUUGACUUCUAGUGAUAAUCUUAAUAAAAGAUUUGAAUUUUUAAACCAAAGUAAACAAACGUCCGAAGAGGCUAAGAAUUUAUCUGAAAAUCUUAAUAGAUACAAAAAAGAAAGUGAACAGUUUUACAGUAAAACAGGAUCUCAAUUAACAGAAUUGUUUAAGAACAUUACCAAUCUUGAUCAAGUUACAAAAGAUAUUACUAAAAAUUUGGAAAAGGAUUUUAAUCCUGAGUUAAAGUUAUUAAAGAACGAAAAUAAAAAUUACUUAAAACGAUUCACAAAUCUUGAAAAAUACAUAAAUAACUCAGUCGAUUAUCUAAGAGACCUAAUAUCUAAUGAAAUUAAUUCGAGCAACAAUGCUUUCGCAGAAAUUGAAAAAUUUAAGAAAAAUUUUGGAGAACAAGUAAAUAAUGUUAUAACAGAAAACAAAAGAUUUGAAAGAGAAUUAAAUAGUAGUCACUUACUUUUCACAGAUACAACAAAUCAAGUAAAAAACAUUAAAGAUACUAUUAAAAUUCUCUCCCAAAAUAUAUAUAACAAUAUGAAUGCCAGCACAAUAAGUAUUAAUAAACAGCUAAGUAUCUUAAAUGAAUCAGUUUCCUUGGGAGCAAAUUCUUCAAAAAAAAUAUUAUUUCUCGAAAAUACUCUUCAAGAUAUACAAAAAUUAACUCUGGAUAAUAUAACCACAGUUCAAAAUGAACUGAAAUUAUUUAAAAAUAAUUUCAUUAACAGUAAAGAAGUUAUUAACAAAAUUCAAAAAAUAUUCAAGAACGAAAUGAAUGUGGCGCUAGUACCAUAUUUGAAGGAUAUAAAUAAUUCUAUUAGUGAUAGCAAUAAAGAUAUACAAAAAAUAAUUUUAAACUUAAAAACAAAUUAUUCUCUAAGUAACCAAAAUAUUUUGGAAAAGUUUAAUAGUUUAAAUGAAACCUGUACAACAGACAUAGCAAUCAUUUUAUCCAAAGCAAAUGAUUUAAAUAAAAGAAUCGAUAAAAUAAAGCAGAAUCUUUCUGUAAAACUUGAAUCUUAUGUUCAAAUAAUAAAUAAUAACACAGACGAUAUUUUAAAACUUAAAAAAUCUUUAAAAGAUGUUUCUUCUAAAUGUAGACAAUCUUUAGAAGAUCUAAGAACACACAUAAAAGAUGCGAAUAUAAAAAUUGAGCUAAAUAGGAAUCAGACAGAAAUUAUCAAAAAAGACUUACACGAACUUACUGAAACUGCUAAUAAUACAACAAAAGAUGUAAAUAAUCUACGUACGGAAAUUGUAGCACUAAAACACAACUACAAUGCUACACAAAGUAGAUUGGAUAAAUGCGAAGCAACGAUUAAAGACCUUAUUGCAAAUUUUACUGCGUGUAAUUGUAAUAGUCAAAAUAAAUCUGAUAGUGAAUUGGAAAAGUUGCUGGACAAUAGAGACCGUCAAAUAACUAAAAAGUUUGAAGAUUUGCUAAAGCAGAAGGAUGAUGAGAUAGCCAAACUUAAAGAAGAGUUUAAUAACACUAUUUCGGAGUUCGCAGGUGGACAACGAAAACUACAAAAACAGUAUGACUCAUGUUGUAACGCAAUUCCGGAUGGUCUAGUCGUGUGAUGGGCAAAGUACGGCCCGCGGACCAACUCCGGCCAGCGAAAGCAUUUAAUCCGGCAAUCCGAGUGUACCCGCUUUAAAACUGAAUGCAUUUUUUUCUGGCUCUCCUCUAGAAUUUCUUAAUCUAUGUGGCCCCCCAUUAAAAAAGUUUGCCAACCACUGAUUCCAGCCUGUUGGGUAUAUCUUGUUUAUGAUCUAAAAUUAUUUUUAUGAUCCAAAACCGCAGGUUUUUAAAAAGCAAUAUCUAAGGUUUUAUUGCUGAAUAUGACUAAUGUCCAGUUGCACCAACAGAUAACAAACGAUUAAUUUUUUAUUUGGAUUGCCCGUUUAUUUUAAAAUAUAAUAAUUAUCGAAAAACUAUCAAUUUAAAAAAGAAAUUUUAACGAUUCUCCCGAAAAAUAUUAAAUUUUUUACUAUCAAAUAUAAUAACAGAACACUUCUCUUUUCUUUAUUAGAAAAAGGUUAAAAUUUAAUAUCUUUUAGAAGAAUCGUUAAAAUUUCUGUCUUUAAUUUGACAGUUUUUUGACAACUAUAUUUUAGAAUCAAUGGACAAUCCAAAUAAAUCGUUUAUUUUUUUUUGCACCGGACAUAAGACAAUAAUAAAGAAGCCGAUAUUUUAUCCGUAAGAUAUCGCCGCGAGAGAGUAAAAAUACAUUAAUUUGUGAUUUGUCUAUUUUUUCUGAAGCUAUUUUCUUGCAGUCUUUUAUAGUGCAAUCACUGAAGGUUUUCAUAGAUUUUCAUAUAAAUUGGUGUGAAGUUAGAAGAUACCUCAAGAAACAAAAGUGACAUGGUGCCUACCUACGCUUUUACCCUGGAGGUGGAUGUCGCCACUUCUUGUAGGAUGAAAAUUAUUUUGUUAAAAAUAACCCCAUAAAUCUAUAGAGGGACUAAUUUUAAAGAAAUUUUUUACAUGAAGUUACCAAAAUAAAUACUUUUUGAGUUAUUAAAGAUCAAAGGUUUUAAUUUCUCGUGGAAAAAAUGCAUGUUAAAGCUGUUUUUCAUAAAUAACUCAAAAGCUGUAAUAA